UACUCAGAUAUAACUCUAGACAUUUUCAGGAUCUAUUUCAGUAUUUUCCAGCCAUUUUUGGCAACUCGUCAAGAGAUCUGUGUACUUUAGAAAUCAGUCAGAAUAUUUUUCAUGUGUUAAAUAAUUCGAACUUUUUCAAUGUUCAGAUGCCACCCCGUAGGGAACCCGAUCACCCAGUUCUUCCUCAGGCCACGGUGGUCGCACAAUUUCGCGACUAUCACCCUGAGAAAUUCUCCGGGCAGGGAGACCCCCGUAUCAUGGACGAGUGGAUUCAGGGACUUGAGUUUAUUUUCGAG